AUGGCCGUUGCCCGCUCAAUGCGCCGCACGAGCCCAACCACCAUUUUGCUAGCCGCUAUCUUGGCGUUUGGCUUUAUCUGUUUCAUGCUCACCCCCUCAUCCCCCGCAACUCCCGAACCCGCGACAUCGCAACAACGUCAAGAGGAUGCAGCCGAGCACCCUCUCUCCCCUCCUACCAAACCCUUCUUCAAAUCCCAGCCUAUCCGACCAGAUGGACACAAGGCCGCACCCCCCGUCGUCCACUAUGACCUCAACGCCUUAACCAGCACCUCCAACUCGGCCUCAAAUGGCGAGCGCCUACUUAUCCUCACUCCGCUGGCGCGCUUCUACACGGAAUACUGGGACAAUUUGGAAAAGCUGAGCUAUCCGCACGAGCUCAUUUCGCUGGGUUUCAUCGCUCCCAAAACACCGGAUGGAAAUGCUGCGGUUGCGAAGCUCGAAAAAGCAAUUGCCAAGACACAGUCUGGUCCGAUUGAUAACCGGUUCGCCAGUAUCAGUAUCCUGCGCCAAGACUUCGAGCCUCCAUUGGCGUCGCAAGAGGAAAAAGUCCGACAUUCGAUGUCCGCUCAGAAAGAGCGUCGCGAAUCAAUGAGUCGUGCGAGGAAUAGUCUUGUCUUCACAACUCUCGGUCCGGAUACUUCUUGGGUACUUUGGUUGGAUAGCGAUGUUGUUGAGACGCCCAAGACGCUGAUUCAGGAUCUUACGGGGUAUGAUCAGCCUGUUAUUGUGCCGAAUUGUUUCCAGCGCUACUACGAUACUACGAAACGGAGGUGGGAUGUCAGACCUUAUGAUUUCAAUUCUUGGAUUGAUAGCCAGACGGCGCAGAAUAUGGCUGCUACCAUGGGGCCUGAUGAGAUUCUGCUGGAGGGAUAUGCGGAGAUGCCGACUUAUCGCACGCUCAUGGCUUAUUUGCCUGAUAUGAAGAAUCUUGAUACGAGGAAAAUGGUUGCUUUGGAUGGCGUGGGAGGAACGGCCUUGAUGGUCAAGGCAGAUGUGCAUCGCGAUGGUGCCAUGUUUCCUGCCUUUCCAUUCUUCCACCUUGUUGAGACAGAGGGCUUUGCCAAAAUGGCGAAGAGGUUAGGAUACGAGGUCAUUGGUGUUCCAGAUUACUUCGUAUAUCACUAUAAUGAGUAG